GUUGGGCUGGUAUGUUUUGCAAAAAUGGCAUCUAAAAACUAUCAACCAGUGGAGAGGACUAGACACUCCACAGUAAAGGUAGGAGACUACCUAUAUAUGUGGGGUGGGUCCGGGUUUGGAGUAGACUAUGAUGUGAUGGAGGUGUAUCACUUACCAACUGGUGCUUGGGACCAGAAACCUACUACUGGUACCCCACCACCAGGUACCAGGGCCUAUUCAACUGUUGCUAUUGGGAAGGACAUAUAUUAUUUCGGUGGACAUGGUGUUGGUGGUUAUCAAAACAGCCUACAUUGUUUCAAUGUGGAUUCAUUGAAGUGGAGGGAACUCUCUCCUUCUAGUUCGGAUUGCAAUCCAAUGAAGAAGGCCUACUGUGGAAUAAUAUCAGUUCAUUUUGACAGUGAACACUAUCUCGUAAUAAUCGGAGGACAGGGAUCAUCUUCUACACCUAAGCAACCUAAUGCUCAGUAUAAUAAUUCUUAUGGGGAAUUGAGAUGUAAUGAGAUACAUUAUUACAGGAUUUCAUCAGAUCAAUGGAUAUCUCCUGUUGUGACUGGAGACAGACCACCUCCUUUUAGUCACUUCACUCUAACACCAGUUACUAAUAACACUGCAGUAAUGUUUGGAGGCUAUACUGAUAAUGGAGAUAGUAAUAAACUAUAUAUGAUAAGUUUCACUAAGACAUCAGUGGAUAUAUUAGAAGUACCUAAUCCUGGAGGAUCAGUACAUUGGCCUGAGGGAAGAGGUGCUCAUUCCAGUGUACUGAUUACCACUAGUUCAGGACCACACUUACUAGUGGUGGGUGGAUAUUAUGCCUAUGAUGUAUGGUUACUGGACAUUAGCAAAAGAAAAUGGAAAGAACUGAUUAAUCUACCAGGCAGAGUCACUAACAGAUACUAUCAUUCUCUCUCA